CCCUUUUUUUCCUUCUCUUGAAGGCAGUGGCUAAUUGAAUCAAUUAGCCCACAAUUGAGGCAGAUCUAGUCAGCAGCAAAGCUAUUUGGUGGAGACAACGGCGUGAUUUCAGCAAGGAGAUGCCGAUGUUGCCGUCUUUGCCGAUGAGAGUUUCAAUCUGCAAGGCGGCUGGUGGUGGAGAUGGGUUUCCGGCGGCGGUAGAACAGGGCAACAUGCGAUUUGGGGCGGAACCACGCGAUCUAACGGCGGCGAUCUGGUUUGAGGAACUAAAAGAUCAAAUGGCAUCAAGAAUGUUCAACGCGGGAGUUAACGAGGGACAAUCAACCACGAGGUCACCGUUGUUCGAUGGAACCAACUACUCGUAUUGGAAGGAGAGGAUGAGAAUCUUUAUCCAAUCCAACGACUACAAGCUGUGGUUAAUUGUGAAGACCGGCUGUGGAGUCCCGAUGAAGAAAGUCGGUGAAGUCAAUGUUCCCAAAACCGAAGAGGAGUUCACCGACGAAGAUUGCAAAAAGAUGGAGCUCAACGCAAAGGCAAUAAACAUGAUUUAUUGCGGUGUUAACGCGGAUGACUACCGCAAAAUCUCGCAGUGUGAAACCGCAAAACAAAUGUGGGAAAAAUUGGAGGUCACCUACGAAGGAACCGCGCAGGUUCGGGAGGCCAAAAUUGACCAUCUCACUCACGAGUAUGAACUCUUUUCAAUGAAGGAAAAUGAGAAGAUUGAGGAAAUGUUUGAGAGAUUCUCUAACAUCAUCAAUCCUCUCAAUCUUCUUGGGAAGACAUACACUGACCGAGAGCUCGUGAGAAAGGUGCUGCGAAGCCUAUCCCCUAAAUGGCGUUCAAAGGUGGACGCAAUCGAAGAAGGUCGUGACUUCCAAACUAAAGGGUUGAACUCAUGCAUUCCAACACAAACAACGACCUAUGAUGCUCUUCGAGGUAAUCUUAUUACCUACGAAACCACCAAACUCUCAAAGGUGGUUGAAGAGAGGAACAAAAGGUCUAUUGCUCUACCCGCAACAACAUCAACCCACAACAACGUUGAUGAUGAAGAUGAUGACUGCGACGACACCGACCUCGGACUCUUUGUCCGAAAAUUCAAGAAGAUGAUGCUAAAGAAGGGAGCCAAGAUGAACACUCCACCCAAAUGCUAUGGGUGUGGUGAAAUUGGACACAUCAAACCAAUGUGCCCAAAGUUCAAGAACGAGAAGGACAAGAGGGCACCGAAGAAGCAACGUGCUUACAUUUCUUGGGAGAACGAUGGCUCCGGGAGUGAAGACUCGGAAACGGAGGAAGUGGCCAACUUGUGUCUCAUGGCCAUUGAAGAUAGUGAUACAUCAAAAGAGGUAAGUGAUCAAGAACCUUCUCCCAAUGAUCCUUUAACUCUUAAUGAUGUUGUUUGCAUUGUAGAAGAUUUGGUGCCGGUCAAGAAGACGUGUUUCAUCACUGAAGCCAAGUUUUCCCGGAUCGUGUAUCGAGAGGAGGGCAAUGCUGCACCAAAUCUGGACCUGAUAGUCGCAGAAGAAGAAGAAGAGAGCCAAAACGAGACUCAAGCAGAGUCAUCUCGAGCCGGAGGAAGUCGAGCCAUGGAGCGCGUCACUCGUCAACGGAGGACUCGUCCAUGAGAAGAAGCACCGGAACCUUCUUGGGUGAAGAGGAUCUUCGAUACUCUCACGUGCAUCCGAGAUGACGUUCGCCAGCUCAACGAGAGGAUGACUCGUCUUGAGCAAUCUCGCUCCUACCGUGGCCCGCGUCACAGUUUUGGCU